UGUUGUUGGACUCUGAACAUAGACAAGUUGGGGGGAGACCCUAAAAAUACCCCUGAAUAAAACUUGACCAAACAAACAGCUGCGUCUGCUCACAAAUAGAGGCUGUAAUGUGGAUGAUUGACAGCUAAACCCGAUCAGAUGGAUGGACCACUAACUGGGCCAGUGCCGUUCUAAUGACCGCCAGCGUAAACUGGUCAAACUGGUCAAACUGAGCAGCUGUUCUGAGUAAGAUGCGAUCCAGGAGCUGCACCAUGGAGGGUCCCGACGACGGACACAUCCAGCCCACCAGAGGUUUCAUCAAGCAGGUGGAGGAGAACAAACCGGAGCUCGCAAAGAGGAAGAUGAAGGUCCAGCGGGAGGAAAAGGACGGGAGGGCGGCGAAACCUCAGAAACCUGCAGAGAGCAGGAAGCCGGCGGCGGAUCUGUCAAAGUCCGACAUGCUGCAGCUGCUGGGGAUCAUGGAAGGAGAAGUUCAGGCCAGAGAGGACAUCAUCGGCCUGCUGAAGUGGGACAGAACCAGACCGGAGGCUCUGGAGGCCCAGUACGCCUCCGCCGUCCCCAUCAAAGCCCUUCAGGCGCUGCAGAGAGACGAGCUCACCCUGAGGACCAGCGGAAUGGACGACGUGUACGAGAAACCCAUGACCGAGCUGGAUCGUCUGGAGGUCAAACAGAAGGAGACGUACCGGCGGAUGUUGGAACAGCUGCUGCUGGCGGAGAAAAGCCACCGCCGCACCAUCACGGAGCUGGACAGCGAGAAGCGUAACCACGGCAACUUCAUGAACAAGAGCGACGACUUCACCAACCUGCUGGAGCAGGAGAGGGAAAGACUCAAAAGGCUGCUGGAGCAGGAGAAGGUCUACCAGGCUCGUAAGGACAGGGACCACAGCAGGAGGCUGGAGAAGGUCAGAGCGGAGCUGGUCAAGCUCAAGUCCUUCGCCCUGAUGUUGGUGGACGAGCGGCAGCUGCAUAUCGAGCAGAUCGACCAGCAGAGCCAGAAGGUCCAGGACCUCGCUCUCAAGCUGCAGGAGAAAGAGCAGCGCUUGGUGGCGGUCACCGACACCGCCAAGGAGGACGGCCAGAAGGUCCUCGCGCUGGAGGCCGAGCUGGAGCAUAGAGCGGCCAGGUUUGCCCAGGAACAAGAGGAGAUGACGGCCAAACUGGCCCACGAAGAGUCCCAGAGCCGACAGCUCAGGCUGAAGAUGGCCGGAUUGGCGCACAAGAUUGAAGAGCUGGAGGAGAGCAACAAGGCGCUUCAGAAGUCAGAGGAAGACCUGCAGGAGCUGAGGGAGAAGAUCAGCAAAGGGGAGUGCGGGGAUUCGUCUCUCAUGACCGAGCUGGAGAAUCUGCGGAAGAGAGUGCUGGAGAUGGAGGGCAAGGAUGAGGAAAUAACCAAAGCAGAGACUCAGUGCAGGGAGCUGAGGAAAAGGCUGCAGGGUGAGGAGACCCACAGCAAGGAGCUGAGGCUGGAGGUGGACAAACUGCAGAAGAGGAUGGUUGCGCUGGAGAAACUGGAGGGGGCUUUCAGUCGGAGCAAAACAGAAUGCUCUCAGCUCCACACAAACCUGGAGAAAGAGAAACGUGUCGUGAAGGAUCUGGCCGGCGAGCUGGAGGCGGUGAAAACUCAGUUAAAGGGACUUGAGUGCUCAGAGACGAAGUUUGAAAAGGCCGAAACGGUCUUCAAAGACGAUCUGAUGAAGUUGAAGUCCUUCACAGUUAUUCUGGUCGACGAAAGGAAAAACAUGGCGGAGAGGCUCAAACAGGAAGAACAGAAAAGUGAUGAUUUGAGUAGGAUGUUCAAAGCAGAGCAGGAAAAGGUCACAGAGGUCACGGAGAAGCUGAUUGAGGAAAGCAAAAAACUUCUCAAAUUCAAAUCUGAAAUGGAGGUCAGAGUCACAAACCUCGUGAAAGAGAAAGAUGAGUCAAAAAAUAAACUUCUGAGUGAAGAGGAAAAGUGUAGGAAGCUGAAUACCAAGUUAGGUGGUAUGAAAAUAAGAAUCGAUGGACUUGAGGAGACUGAGAGGGAAAUACAGAGGAAGUGGUCCAUCAAGGACAAUAAUCCAGAUGAAGACAACAAAGUCAAAGAGUUUGCGCUAGAAAUUGAAAGACUUAAGAGCCGGCUCAAACAGCUCGAGGUGGUAGAAGGAGACUUAAUGAAAACAGAGGAUGAGUACGAUCUACUGGAGAAGAAAUUCAGAAUGGAGCAGGACAAAGCGAACACCCUCUCGAAGCAGCUGGAAGAAAUGAAAAGUCAGAUCGCCAGAAACAAAGCCAUCGAGAAAGGCGAGGUCACGUGUCCUGAGGCUGAGCUCAGGAUUCGCUGCAAGAUGGAGGAGGCCAAAACUAGAGAGCUGCAGGCGGACGUCCAGGCCCUGAAGGAGAAGAUCCACCAACUGAUGAACAAGGAGGACCAGCUCUCCCAGCUGCAGGCGGAUUACUCCGUCCUCCAGCAGAGGUUCAUGCAGGAAGAAGAGAAGAAGAUGAGCCUGAGCCAUGACUUCGCCAACCUUACGAAGGAGAUGGAAGCCACCAAGCGGUACAGUCGCGCCUUGAGACCCAGCAUGAACGGUAAGCGGAUGCUCAGUGUCCCGGUGACCUCCACCGCAGUGCAGACGGAUGCGAUGGCGAGCGAAUCGGCUGAGGACGAGACGGCGGCGGGCUUCAUCCGGAAGUCAGUCCUCGAGGAAAACCACCUAAUGAGCAACCUCAGACAACGGGGUCUUAAAAAGCCGGCGGUUCUUGAGCGAUACCCUCCAGCUUCGGCAGAACUGGGCGCAAAAAAAUCCUGGAUACCCUGGAUGAAAAAGAAGGAGGCCAUUACGCUUACUCAGACCGCUCCGACAAGACCAGGGGUGUCCUUGUUCCAUCCGCCGGAGAUGACCGGGCCGGGCCAGCCGCUGCACAUCCGCGUGACCCCGGAUCACGAGAACAGCACCGCCACGUUGGAGAUCACCAAACCGUAUCUUGUUAACAGAAUAUUCUCGUGUAACUUCUUUUUUUGUGAGACUGUUGCAGUGGACUUUAUAGCGAGAAUAUGAAAGAGAAACAUAUAUAGAAACAACGAAACAAAAGUAAUAGGCGUCUUCUGACUCCUCACCUCACCUACAAAGCCUUGAUUGGUGAUGCAACAUCAUAUCUUAAGCAGCUUGUAGUACCAUAUUGCCCCACUAGAGAGCUGCGCUCACUAAAUGCGGGGCUACUUGGUGGUUCCCUAGAGUCCUAAAGAGUAGGAUGGGAGCCCAGAGCCUUCAGUUAUCAAGCUCCUCUUUUAUGGAACCAGCUUCCACUUUCAGUCCAGGAGGCAGACACAGUCACCUCAUUCAAGAAUAGA